GGCACCAAUAAUACUGGGUGGGCAUUUCAGCAGGGAUCUGCAGUCUCUCCCCUGCCCUAUUCUUGGCUUUCCCCACUCCUGUUUUGCUCUCCUUCGCCAUCAUACGUAUACAUUUUCUGCAAUGCUUCAAAACGGGCAGCUUUGAAAUUCCAAUCACCUUUUCAUUUGAACUUUUUUUUCCAACUUUUUCUGACAAAUUCAACGUGUGGAUUAUAUUGGGAAAAAUAAGGGGCACUACCUUCAUUGAUACGGUCACAAUUUCCUUAAUCAGUGGAUUCCAAUUCGAUUUGAAAGACAUUGCUAACCUCUUGAAUAAAAGCUUUCCAAACGACACACUUGAAAUUAAGUUUUCAUAUCAACAUGCCUGAAGCAGCCCCUGAAGGUGCAGCGGUGGAGUCCAUCUCAGCUGCUGUAGCCGAUGGGCUGAAUGGGAACGUGGUGCCCCCAUCAUCCCCUCCUAAGGCCCAAGGGUUUGGAAUACUCAAGAAACUAACCUUUUCUGUAGAGUUAGUGGUGACUAUUAGCCUCCUUCUCUCCUGGAUUACUGCAGGCUUCAUGAUGUUUGAUGUUGUAGAAUAUAAAGGGGUCACUGACAUUCAAGAUAUAGUUUUGGAUCCCAUGAAAGCUGUUAAUGAUGCUGUAGAGGGAAUGUCCAACAUGUUCUAUGAGGCUCAAGAAUGUGCAUUUGCUCCUCAUUUGAGUCUGGACCACAUGGAUGCUGUCAAAGAUGUAAAAGACUUAUUUGUGGACUUCCUCUCUGAUGAUGACGGAAACUUUUACCUGAGCUACAUUGACCCGGUGAUUAUUGGCAGAGGUGUGUUCAAUGUCACAAAUAACUCUAUAUGUGGAGUCGUGGGUCACAUACAAGGCACACUCUGUGUUCUAUUGGAUGCCAUAUUGGAUAUCUUGCAGGCCCUUCUCCAUGCAGUGAACAUCAAUGCAGUAGACAUAGUACAUGUUAUCACUGACUGUACAAGUUCUACUGGAACCUACAUUUGGGACCUUCUGCCAGGUAUCCCUCAAGAAGUGAACAUCGAUCCCAUACUGGUUCUCAGAAGAAUCUUUGGGAUUGUCAUUGAGCAGAAGAACAUACUUGUAGACUAUGUCUCCAACUUGCUAAUAGGCGAUCAAGGGGUCAUUCCUGUGAUGAACUUUGACCCUGUGAAAGUGGUCACAGAUGCAGUGCUUGAGAUUGCAGAUGGGAAAAACAUGUUCAUGGAUUAUCUGUCCAACAUGCUUAUGGAUGAUAAAGAUGAACCUAGUACUAUACCAGCAUCUGUGAUGCAUGGGAUAAGGAAGAAAGGACAGUUUUUGCCACCCCUGGAAAAAGUUGCAGAAUUGAUAGGCACUACAAAGGACGAUGACCCUGCACGCGUCACUCCAGUUGUGGCGGGGAAGGAUGAUGCUGUCAAAGAGGCUGAAGAAGAGCAAGGAGACAAGGACAGUACUGAUGACAGUUCAGAGGGGGUGAAGAAAUACACCACCCCAAAAAAGUUGUGGAUCAAAAAACAGAUGCUUAGAGUCAUGGGAUCUCAGGCCCACCUAAGAGCUGGAGAGGUACUUCCUAAGGAUAUGGAUGAAGACCAACAAGAUUGUGAUGUUGAAGAGCUUGACGAUGAACAAACAAUGGACGAUGAAGAAAUCAUGGAUGUUAGCAAGGAGGUGAAAGAGAAGGAUCAUCACUUAGAGUUAGAUGAGGAGGAGGAGGAGGAGGAGGGUGAUACCCAUGAGGUUGACGUCAAAGAUCAUGGUGUUGAAGAUGAAGGCAUUUACAAUGAAAACAGUUCAAAGGGAGCCAUGACAUACACCAUCAAAAGAAAUGUGCAGAUUCAAAAAACGAUGCUUAGAAAAGUGGAAUCUAGGGCCAAUAUUGAAGUUGAUGAUGAACAUCAUGAAUAUGAUGAGGAGGAGGCAGAGGAAGACAUUGAUGAGUAUAAACAUGAUGAUCACAGUGACAUUGACACUAAAGAUCAAGUUGUUGUUGAUGAUGAUCAUGAAGAAGCUGAAGCUGAUGAGGACAAUCAUGACACAGAUUACCUUGAUGUCAAAGAUCAAGAGGUUGAACAUGGAGAAGACAUUGACGAUGAGGUCAGUUCAGAGAGGACCAAGACAUACGCCUCCAAAAUAAAUGUGCAGAUCCAAAGACAGAUGGUCAGAAAAGUGGGAUCUAGGGCCAAUAUUGAAGUUGGAGAUGAACAUUAUGGAGAGGAGGAGGAGGCAGAGGAAGACAUUCAUGAUGAGAAUAAACAUGAUCAUCACAGCGACCUUGACAUUAAAGAUCAAGUCGUUGGGGAUGAUGAUUAUGAAGAAUAUGAAGCUGAAGAGGAAAAUGAUGACACAAAUUACCUUGACGUCAAAGAUCAAGAGGUUGAAGAUGGAGAAGACAUUGACGAUGAGGACAGAUCAGAGGGGACCAAGACAUACGCCACCAAAAGACAUGUGCUGAUGCAAAAACAGAUGGUCAGAAAAGUGGGAUCUAGGGCCAGUAUUGAAGUUGGUGAUGAACAUCAUGAAGAUGGAGAGAAGGAAGAGGAGGAGGCAGAGGAAGACAUUGAUGAUGGGAAUAAAAAUGAUCACAGUGACCUUGAAAUUAAAGAUCAAGUUGUUAAUGACUAUGAUCAAGAAGAAUAUGAAGCUGAUAAGGACAAUCAUGAUACAGAUGACCUUGAUGUUAAAGAUCAAGAGGUUGGAAAUGGAGAAGACAUUGACGAUGAGGACAGUUCAGCGGGGGCCAAGACAUACACCACCAAAGUAAAUGUGCGGAUCCAAAAACAGACGGUUAGAAAAGUGGGAUCUAAGGCCCAUCUAAGAGCUGGAGAGGUACUUCCUAAGGAUAUGGAUAAAGACCAACAAGAUGGGGAUGUUGAAGAACUUGACCAUGAACAAACGAUGGAUGGUGAGGUAAUCAAUGUUGAUGGCCGCGAGGAGGAGGGGAAAGAAAAGAGGAUGGAGAAAGAGAAGGUUCAUCACUUAGAAGUAGAUGAAGAGGAGGGUGAUACCCAUGACUUUGACGUCAAAGAUCAAGAUUUUGAAGAUGGAGAAGACAUUGACAAUGAAGAGAGUUCAGUUGGAGCCAAGACAUACACCACAAAAAUAAAUGUUCCGAUCCAAAACCAGUUGUUUCGAGAAGUGGGAUCUAAUGCCAGUAUUGAACUUGGUGAUGAAGAUCAUGGAGAUUAUGUAAAAGAUGAGGAAGAGGAAGAAAAAGAGGAGUUGAAACAGUCAAUUGAUGAAUAUGAAUAUAUUGAUGUCAGUGGAGCUGAAAAGCUUGAUGUUCUUGAUGUAGUGGCUGACAUUGAAGAAAUGGCCAAACUUCCUGAUACUGAUGGAGAUUACUCUGAAAUCAGUGAUGAUGAUGAUGAUGAUGAUGAUGAUGAUGAUGAAAACAACAACAACAGUGAGAGCAAGAAAGCUGGUGUCAAAAGGAAGAUAAAUGUUCCAAUUCCCUUUAAGAUGUUUACAAGACUGGGAUCGAAGGCCCAGCUUAAACAUGAUGGGGAGCCCGAGGAUAAAGAUGACCAAGACAAAGACAUUCAGCGUGCCAGAGUUCUCAGACAAUCCAAGGAGAGGCAAGCAAGAGAAGAAGUAGUAGAAGAGGUAGAAGUGGUCCUUAAAGCGAUGAGGGAUGCACAAUCCAUGAAAGAGGUAGAAAAUAAGAAAUUGGAGGACAAGACGGAAAAGAAAGAGGAGCAGGCCGAGGAGAAAGCAAAGCCUGAGGCAAUGCCCAGUGUGAAGAAAGCAGAGAAGACAGGACCCAAAGAAGAAGAGCCAAAAAAGAAGACUGCCAGAGAGGAGAAGGAGAUGAAAAAGGAGACUAAACAUUUGAAGAAGAAAGUCAUCCAUGACUUCUUCAACAAGAAAGUUGUGGUGGAACCCAAAAAGAAGGUGGACAAAAAGGUGAAGGAGACAAAGAAGGAUGCUCAGUCAACUCUUUGGAAAUCUGACGAUGAUUCCAAGAACCCUGUCAAGGUGGGGAAGACAGAAGAGUCCACCAUGAAAAAAGAACAUAUUGAUGUUAAUAAAGAAGGCAAAAAGAAACCUGUCAAAGAGGUUAAGGAAGAAAAGACAGCUAAACUACCAGACAUAAAAGUAAAGGUGAAAAAAACAGAACUUGAGGUUCUAAAGGAGGAGGCUAAGCUGGUGAAUGUUAAGAAAGAGCCCAAGGAAGCUAAGGAGCAAGCCAAACCAGAACCUACAAAAACAGAAGCUGAAGUUCCCAAAGAAAAAACCAAAGCAGCUACAUCAAAGAAAGAUACUGGAGCAAAAGAAGAGGCCAAACUAACUCCAGCAAAGAAAGAUGCUGCAGUUAUUAAAGAAAAGGUGAAAAGAGCCCCUGCAAAGAAAGAGCCCAAGGAAACUAAGGGACAAGCCAAACCAGAACCUGCAAAAAAAGAAUCUGAAGAUCCCAAAGAAAAAACCAAUGCAGCUCCAUCAAAGAAAGAUGCUGAAACAAAAGAAAAGGGCAAACUAGCUCCAGAAAAGAAAGGGAAAGCCAAACCAACUCCUGCAAUUGAAGAUGUUGCAGUUAUUAAAGAAAAGGUGAAAUCAGCACCUGCAAAGAAAGAAUCUGCCAAAGCAGCUUCCUCAAAGAAAGAGUCCAAGGAAACUGAGGAACAAGCCAAACCAGAACCUGCAAUAAAAGACGGUGAAGUUCCCAAAGAACAAACUGAAGCAGCUACAUCAAAGAAAGAUGCUGAAGCAAAAGAAAAGGACAAAAUAGCUCCAGAAAAGAAAGAUGCUGCAGUUAUUAAAGAAAAGGUCAAAUCAGCCCCUGCAAAGAAAGAUGCUGCAGUUAUUAAAGAAAAGGUGAAAUCAGCCCCUGCAAAGAAAGAAGCUGAAAUUCACAAAGAAAAUGCCAAAGCAGCUUCAUCAAAGAAAGAGUCCAAGGAAACUAAGGAACAAGCCAAACCAGAGCCUUCAAAAGAAGAUGCUGAAACAAAAGAAAAGGGCAAACUAGCUCCAGAAAAGAAAGGGAAAGCCAAACCAACUCCUGCAAAUGAAGAUGUUGCAGUUAUUAAAGAAAAGGUGAAAUCAGCACCUGCAAAGAAAGAAUCUGCCAAAGCAGCUUCCUCAAAGAAAGAGUCCAAGGAAACUGAGGAACAAGCCAAACCAGAACCUGCAAUAAAAGACGGUGAAGUUCCCAAAGAACAAACUGAAGCAGCUUCAUCAAAGAAAGAUGGUGAAGCAAAAGAAAAGGCCAAAAUAGCUCCAGAAAAGAAAGAUGCUGCAGUUAUUAAAGAAAAGGUCAAAUCAGCCCCUGCAAAGAAAGAUGCUGCAGUUAUUAAAGAAAAGGUGAAAUCAGCCCCUGCAAAGGAAGAAGCUGAAAUUCACAAAGAAAACGCCAAAGCAGCUUCAUCAAAGAAAGAGUCCAAGGAAACUCAGGACGAAGCCAAACCAGAGCCUUCAAAAGAAGAUGCUGAAGCAAAAGAAAAGGCCAAAUUAACUCCAGAAAAGAAAGAUGCUGCAGUUAUUAAAGAAAAGGUCAAAUCAGCCCCUGCAAAGAAAGAUGCUGCAGUUAUUAAAGAAAAGGUGAAAUCAGCCCCUGCAAAGAAAGAAGCUGAAAUUCACAAAGAAAAUGCCAAAGCAGCUUCAUCAAAGAAAGAGUCCAAGGAAACUCAGGACGAAGCCAAACCAGAGCCUUCAAAAGAAGAUGCUGAAGCAAAAGAAAAGGCCAAAUUAACUCCAGAAAAGAAAGAUGCUGCAGUUAUUAAAGAAAAGGUCAAAUCAGCCCCUGCAAAGAAAGAUGCUGCAGUUAUUAAAGAAAAGGUGAAAUCAGCCCCUGCAAAGAAAGAAGCUGAAAUUCACAAAGAAAAUGCCAAAGCAGCUUCAUCAACGAAAGAGUAUAAGGAAACUAAGGAACAAGCCAAACCAGAGCCUUCAAAAGAAGAUGCUGAAACAAAAGAAAAGGGCAAACUAGCUCCAGAAAAGAAAGGGAAAGCCAAACCAACUCCUGCAAAUGAAGAUGUUGCAGUUAUUAAAGAAAAGGUGAAAUCAGCACCUGCAAAGAAAGAAUCUGCCAAAGCAGCUUCCUCAAAGAAAGAGUCCAAGGAAACUCAGGACGAAGCCAAACCAGAGCCUUCAAAAGAAGAUGCUGAAGCAAAAGAAAAGGCCAAAUUAACUCCAGAAAAGAAAGAUGCUGCAGUUAUUAAAGAAAAGGUCAAAUCAGCCCCUGCAAAGAAAGAUGCUGCAGUUAUUAAAGAAAAGGUGAAAUCAGCCCCUGCAAAGAAAGAAGCUGAAAUUCACAAAGAAAAUGCCAAAGCAGCUUCAUCAAAGAAAGAUGCUGAAGCAAAAGAAAAGGCCAAAUUAGCCCCAGAAAAGAAAGAUGCUGAUGUUGUUAAAGAAAAGACGAGACCAGUUCCUGCAAAGAAAGUGAAAACUGUAAAAGACAAGGCAAAACCAGCACUAGCUGAGAAAGAGGCUGAAGUUGGCAAAGAAAAGUCCAAACCAACACCUGCAAAGAAAGAACUUGUUGCACCACUGGGGAAAGCACGACCAAACAUUGGAAUCAAAGAACCUGAAGUCAUUCACAGAAAUCACAGUCACAUAAAUGCUUCUCUUACAAAGGAGAGAGUUAAAGUUGUACUUGUAAAGAAAGAACCUGCUCUUAAAGAAAAGGCCAUGCCAGCCCCUGCAAAGAAAGAACGUGAGGCUCCCAACCAGAAGGCCAAACCAGUAUCUCAACAGAAAGGUACUGAUUCAAUUCAAGAACCUGAGGGUGUGAAAGAGAUGGACAAACCAGACCCUCUUAAGAAAGAACCUGAAGCUACAAAAAAGAAGGCUAAGCCAGCAACUGUAACGAAAGUGGUUUCCAAAGAGACGGCCAAACAUGUCCCUGUAAAGACAGAGCCUGAUGCUCCAAAGGAGAAUGCCAGACCUGUGAAAAAAGAUACUCCCAAAGAAAAGGCUUCCAAAUCAGUCCCUGUAAUGAAAGAAAAGUCUGCUGAGAAGAAGCCUGCCAAAGAAGAGAAAGCAAAGGCAGAGCCUGUUAUAACAGACCCCUUCGCCACAGAAGAUGAGAUGCCCUACUUCCAGUGCUUUUUUGUGGAUGAAGAUGAGGCCCAGUAUCCCUUCUACCCUUUCUCACCUCUCCAGAUGUGAGAGCCCUGCCAAGUGAAGAGCACAGUAUAGAAAGCAAUGGGACGAGAUGGGCGACACCUUUUAGUGUGGAGUUAAUAAUAAAACCAAGCCAUGGAAUCCACUACUGCUAUGUUGCAGCCUAGCGUCCUGAGCUGGUCUUCAACAGAAACCUAGGACAGCAAAGCACUUUGAGUGAAUUCAUUGAGCUCUCAUGGGUAGCCAACAUCAUUCCUGUCCAAAUGUGUUUGUGUUAUAUUUUGUUUUUGAUAGCUGAUAUGGCAUGAGUUGAUCUAUAUCAUGACAUAAGUAUUUUGAAUGAAACAAUGCAUACUGUGUUUUCAUCUGCAGAUUAGCCUUUUUUAGGGCCAUGCUAAUUCGCUUGAUUCAAUUCCCGCUUUGAUAGUUGUCAGUUGUCUCAAUUGAAUGGUAUAUUCAAACAAAUUGGAACACAGAUUGUACCGUUGGCUUUCAUACUUUUCAAAUUCUCAGCGCAGUGCAAGCAAUUUAUCUGUCUGUCAUCACAUUCAGUUGAAUUGGAGCUGCAUAUGGAAGCCGAGCAGUGUUGGUCUAGAAUUUGGGGGAGGAGCUUGGUUGGGCUGGACUACAGACUGCUGCUCUGUUGCUGUGGACUCUGAAUUACGCUUUAUUUACAUGAACAUGGGCUCUAUAUCAUUGCUCUCAUACUAAGACAUCAGUGGGUCGUUCCAUCUAAAAAAUUCACAAGAAAGAGUCUUUCGACACCCACCUUCUCAGAUUGUACUGAAAUUGUUUCUGUUAGGGAACAUAUAAGAUUAGUGUUCCUGCAACAAUAUUUUGUUGAAAUAUAAUUUGAUCUUCGAGAAAUUAAGCAAAUUGAUUCCACCCAAAUUGGCCAUUCAAUAAAUGUAGACCCUAACAUCCAGGAUUGCUUUUCUUAAGGAAUUCCUCCCCCACUUCAUGUUAAAGGGACAGUUCACCUAAAUUACAUAAUUACAUUUGGUUUCCUUACCUGUUAGCAGUCUUUGAACAAAUAAAUUAAACAGCCCAUGUGUUGGUUUUGUUGUCCUCUGACUCAAAUGCAAACAGACACAACUCCAAUGCAAGUCAAUGGUACCUCUAUAAGCAUUUUCAUGCUUCAUGUCCAAACCAUUCUGAAGUAUUUAAAGAUGUUAUGUUACUGACAGAUGAUUUAGAUAUGAAGUUUGGAAAUGCUUAUAUAGGUACCAUUGACUUGCAUUGGAUUUGUGCCACAAAUGCUAAAAAGUUAGCAUUUCAAACACCGGCCAGAUUAACAAAACCAAAACAUGGGUUGCUGUCAUAACUUGUCCCUAAACUGCUUACAGGGAACAAUAUGCUAAACUGCUUAAGGAAACAAUAUGCCAUUUGGGUGAACAAUCCCUUUAACACUGAGGGGGAUUCUGAAAAAAAUAACUACAAGUUGGAACAGCACCAUCUAGUGGUCAGAACAUUGUCAUAUCAAGAUGUAGGAUGGGGCAUUAACCUAACUUAAAUGAUUAAUUUCUCUGAACAGGAAGAAAAAAACAUUACCAAAUUCACUGAGAAUACAUUACAUAGGAUGAAGAAAUAACACUGACUCACAGCUCCAUACUAUUCGUCAAACAUAGAGAACUAAUACUGUAUUCUCUUUAUUUAGGGUGGGAUUGGCGUGGGGUGUGUGGUGUCCGUGGGUGGCUUUUGAUAGUUUCUUUCGAUUCCUCAUGUCUUACUCCUUGUUAGAAAAAGGUUUGGUCCAAAUCUGAUGUUAGGUACUUGCUUGCUGAAAUGACACAACAACCUUAGUGGAUUUUUACCUUACUUUGUGGGACGUUUUUGUUUUUAAUGUUGCAUUUCUUGCCCUUCUGUUCACUAUGGUAACUCACAAUGAGAUAGUACUUCCAUUGUUGCUGAAUAUGUUUCCUCAUUGAUUUUCAGGCUAUAUUGCUUUCUUCCAUUUUCUUCUAUUCCUCUUCAUCAGUCUGCGUUUGUUAACUUUGAGGAAGCAUAACGAUUUUCAUCAAUUCAUAGGGACCUCAUACUCACAUUAAAAACAAUUAUGUUAGUGCCUCGAA